AAAUCGCCCUAUCUUUUCUGCCUUUCAUUCUCCCUCCUAGAACUUUUGGACUCCAGUCAGAGCAACUUCCCCUUGUUUUGCAGUGCCCUCCAUUGCAUCCUUCUUCUUCACCACACUUGAAUGGGCUUGCCUUCGUUCGUUCGUUUGGCGCGCGUAUGUUUCAAUUAGGCUCUUGCAGUUUCGUCCUUUUUUUUUUUUUGUUGGUUUUGAUUCCUUUUCGUCCUUUCGUCUGAGUCUUCUCCUGUUAGGCUAUUGUUUGAUUUGGGUUAAAUUUGUUGACUUUGCACCGAGAUGUUCAGUUUGCAGCCAGAUCGCAAAGUGUCAACAUCGCCUGCUUAGUUGUUUUUUUUUCGGUUGCGUUUCUUUCUUAUUUUCCGUUCGACGUUUCGAUCGUGCUUCGUGAGGAUUAAAGUGUGGCAAUCAUGUCUGUGAAAACGAUCGCACCACCGCAAACCUAUUCGCGCCUGUUCCGUCCGUGGGAUGCCGCGGCUGAGGGCAUCAGGGAUAACAGCCCCAGCAAGGCCAGUGAUAGUGGAAGUGAUCGUACCGCGAUAAAAAGUGAACCGUGUGAAGCGACCAUCCGUGCUCGGCUGGACUUGGACAGUCCGAUGUCGUCGGAGCCCAAGUCUCCGAUGUACAGUCCGGCUAAGCAUUCGUUGAUCGGAACUCCGGAAUUGGAUACCGCCGCGGCCUUCCUGAACCACCCGACGGAUCUUGCCUCGUACUACUAUUACUGCAGUCAACAGCAGCAGAAACUUGGCGUUGAACUACUUCCUGCCGGAUUCAACUUUGCCGGACUUCCGGUGAACCCGCUCACGUACGACCAGAUGGAGCAGGAAUACUUCCGGGUACUCAGCGAGGACGCCAAGGCCAAGCUGCUCAGCAGUCGCAAGCAACGGCCGAAGAAGUUCAAGUGCCCCCACUGCGAUGUCGCCUUCUCCAACAACGGCCAACUCAAGGGUCAUAUCCGGAUUCAUACCGGAGAGCGCCCGUUCAAGUGCGACGAACCGACCUGCGGCAAGACCUUCACCCGGAACGAGGAGCUGACCCGCCACAAGCGCAUCCACACCGGAAUCCGGCCGUACGCGUGCCAAACCUGCGGAAAGAAGUUUGGCCGCCGCGAUCACCUCAAGAAGCACACCAAGACGCACAUGCCCCAGGAGCGGUACACGUACGGACUUGCGCCGGCAGCGAUGCUGAUGCCGAUGUACGGAGCGGCGGCGGCGGCCGCGGCCGUUGCGACGCAACUUUAUGGGUAUUGAGCGGGAGAGAGCGGGGUAGCAUUAAGUGAACUUGUCAAGUGAUAUGUGUUGGGACCAGUGAAGUGGCAACUUUUUUAACCAGAUGAAACCUAUUUUUGAUAAAGUGCGCAGAAAUGUAUUGACUGAGGUAUUUUUUUGUACAGAGAAUAGUUGUAGAUGUAUAUAUUUUAAG